AUGAGGUCUCUCAAAUUUUGGUCUAAAUCUAAGGAAAAUCCAACUGUACCAGCAAGUUCAACUAAAGACUCCGCGACUUACCAAUAUAAAUUAGUACUCUUGGGUGAAACUGCGGUAGGAAAGAGUUGCUUAACAACUCGUUUCUGUAAAGAUGUAUUCUUGGACUACCAAGAUUCAACCAUUGGAGCUGCAUUUAUGACCAAGACAAUCAAUUUGGAGUCUUCAGUCGUGAAAUUUGAGAUAUGGGAUACAGCGGGACAGGAAAGGUACCGAAGUUUGGCACCUAUGUAUUAUAGGGGCGCUAGUGCAGCACUUAUUGUAUACGAUAUAACUUCGGCAGAUACUUUUGAACAGGCCAGAAGUUGGAUAAAUGAGCUUAAAGCGGUUAGUCGCGCAGAUGUAAUUAUUGCACUAGCAGGAAACAAGGUUGAUUUGGAAAGAAAUCGCAGUGUAGACAUUGAGACUGCACAAAAUUUUGCUAAGCUGAACAAUUGCUUAUUCAUGGAAACUUCGGCAAAAACUGGGCACAAUGUUCAGGAGAUGUUUAUGAAAAUUGCAAAUUUACUCCCCAGGGACAACAACCCGACGCUCGAGUCUGUUCAUUUUGACCAGCCUACGCAAGCUUUCUCGAAUUGUUGUAAUCAGUAA